AAAAAAAAAUAGGAAACAAAUGCACUGAGGAUGGGUGGUGCAGAUCCUCAAGCUCUUUCAGGGUUAACAAGUGUUUUAAAAAAAGGUAAAAUACAAAUAUAUUGUCCACUUGAAACUGCAAUGAUUUCUGUUUUUCAAUAAUUUGCACAUAUCCAUAAUUGCAGAACUUUGCCAGUUAUUCACAGAUAUGCCUGUCUUUAAGGUAUGGAGUAGUGAUACAUGUAGGUCACUACGAAAGAGUAUUGCAGCCAACAGUCUCCAGGAGUUAAUUGAAAAAGGCAAAACUAAAUUUGGUUUUGAAGAGGAUCUCCAAGUAAGCGUGGUUACUGAAGCAGAUGGAACUGAUGUUGACGAAGAUGAAGUGUUGCUGGAGCUGGGCGCAGGGACAGUUUUGAUUCUUCUGAAGAAAGGCGAACUAUGGCAACCUUCAACACAGGAUACUCCAGUUGCAGAUACUAUUCCAUCAUCAGGAACUGCAGCUACUGGAUCUGGAGACACUACCCCUGCUUGCAUGGCCUCAUCACCAGCACGAGCUGUGACGAUUGCUGAAGGCUCAUCAAAUGCUGGUGAGGCUAGUCCCACAACAUGUCGACUUACAUCAUCGAGCCCACUUCCCACAUUCAGUCCUCGUAUAGAACACCACCUCAAAUCGGCAACAGAGUCAAGGAUUUGGAGGGAACUAAUUUCGGAAUCAGCGAACUUCUACGUUUGCAAAUAUCCGGAACUAGGCAGCCCAGGAGAGUACCAGAUGAUUGGAAGAAAGAUGUUCUCAGCCUUUCCAAGCAUUGCACGUGAAGGAGACAAGGAGUGGGAGUAG